AUCUGUAGCUGGAAACUUUUCCAUUUGGUGAAACUCUAAUAAUUCCCGUAAACCUUUGUCCCUGUGAACCCAGUUCAUAGACUCAACCAUUACUUUAAUUUAUCACAUGGAGGGGCCCUUUGGGACUGGGUAAUUUAAAGGACAGAAUCAGGACUGAUAGGGUAACUUCCUGGGCCAGCAGAAUAAUAAUAACACCAAUGAUAACAAUGAAAUUUACUGAGCACUUCCACUAUGUGCCAGAUGUUGUGCUUUAUAAUCUCACUUAAUCCUUAUGACAACCAAAAAGCUGUCUUACAGAUGGUGAAAUAGAGGCUUGAAGAGGCUUCAUAACGUAUCUGAGGCCACCCAGUGAGUCAAGUGGUGAAGGGCAAGCUACUGUUUUCAGAAUCCAAGUGGAAUCUAACACCAUAAAACAAUGCCAAGAGGAAAGACGGGAAAACACAACAGGGAAGGAGCACCCCUGCCUGUCGCUCCAAUUCUUCAAAAGUUCCUGAAAACCUACGAGAAGCAUUGUGCACAGACACAGACGUCUGUGUGCCCAGCCAUCAGAAAGGACUUGAAAACCAGCAUCAACAGCGAACAGAUUCUCAGGAAGUUUGUACUUGUAAAACCCGAUGACUCCCAGCCAAGCACCCUUCCGAUUUCCUUGGAACCUUUGCUCAUGACAAUUCGAGAUGAGUGUUACACGCUGGGGCAGCAGAUCUGCAUCUGGGGACUUCAACUGAGCAACCCGGAGAUUGCCAGACUCGCUUUGCUUCUGGAAUGGAAGGGGCAUGCCACCUGCCCACUGACCACCCUAGAACUCAUUGAUUGCAAGAUGGAUCUGUGGUCUCUGGGGAGACUUGGGCAGGCUCUGCAGUUCAGCAGUUUGCAUUCUCUUGUCCUCGAUUACUGCAGAUUUGAAAGUGAAGAAAUGGAGAGCAUUUUCUCAGGCCUGGAGAACAACCACAGGCUUCAAGGCCUCAGCCUGCGCUACUGUGGUCUGGGGCCCCGGAGCGGGCCCCGCCUGGGCUCCGUCAUCCGCCAGAGUGCCAUCUGCGAGCUGCACCUCGAUGGCAAUUACUUGCAGUGUUCCGGAGCGCUGGCCCUCCUCAGGCCCAUAGCGGAGUAUGCAGAGAUGCGGGGCAGAGGCCUGCCAGCCACAGCCUCGCCCGACUCCAGCAGUCCCCCUCCCGCACUCCCAGCCAGUCAGAGAGGAAGUUCAACUUUGAACCAGAUGACCAAGUCAUCUGGAACUGGAACUGUGAAAGCUACUUCAGAGAAGAAGAAGAGAAAAAAAGGAAUCAAGAAAAAAAUUAAAGGUUUGACUGAAGCUGGUCCUUGGUUAGUGAAAUUGUAUUUGGCAGAUAAUGGCAUAGAUGGAAAAGGAAAAGAUGGAGAAAACAGUUUGUUGGAAUUCACUCAGAUCUUAACAUGCCUGAUCAAAUACUCUGCCCACUUAAGGGAACUUGACCUUGGAAACAAUGUCCUGGGAGAAAUGGCUGCUGCUGACAUACUUGAAGCACUGAGAGCCAGAAAGACAGGUAAACUCCCAGUCUUAAAAGUUACAGUCACUCCUCAGAUCUCUUCGGACACCUUCAGAUCUAUUUGGAAAAGCAGCAAUAAAUCUAAUGUUACCCGUAAAAGGAAGAACAAGGUUAAAAACUGAAUAUGGAUGCCAUGUUUUCUUAUGGAUGCUAUUUCCAUGGCCAAGGAGACACACAUAUAAAGAUAUUGCUUGUUAUAUGAUAAUAUUUCUCACUAUAACCAAGCCUCUUUCAGGUUCUAAAGUGUGAUAAGACUAUUGUAUGAAAGUUCAAAGUAGUUUUAAUCCUAUCAUGCUUGUCAUUUUCUAAAAUUUGGGUUUCACAAGUAAGCCUUAGUAAAAAUAGGUGGGAUUCUUCUCUAGGGCUUUUUCUCUUUUGCAUGUGAAAUUUACAAUUUGAAGAAAGUCGUGAUUUUUAUCUAAGAAAGAAUCUUCUUUCAUAAAUAUAUCCAUAGUUGGGAACAAUAGGAAUGUUUGGAAAUAAUAACCACUUUCUAAAAGAUUAAAAAAAAA